CAUAACUGUAUUGGCCACAUCAGCUUCAGCCGGCCACGUUGCUUGGGGAUGAGCUCUCAAGCAACACUCGUAGGUUUUGCAGUUUAGAAUUCCAUGGCGCCCAAAGGUAAGGAGCCCGCGCCGGCUGUGGAAGAGGCUGCUGCUGCCCCCAGCACACAGGAGCUCGAAGGCAAAAUUCGUGCUCUAAAUGCCGAAAAGGAAAAGGAGGAACGGGCACGCAACCGUGUCCAGAUUGAGCGUGACAAGCUCAACACAUUCUAUGAACUCAAAAAGAAGGAAGUUGACCAAUGCAAAGCGGUGCUGUUCAUUAAAGAUCAUGACAUCCAGGGCAUCGAGGAAAGGCAUCGGGUGCAAAUGCAGGUUUUCAAUCAAAAGACCAGACAUCUUCAGUACGAGCAGCAAGGUAUCAUAGGGGCAGUGAAAGGUGACAAUGAGAUCGCGUUGAAGCUGUUUGCUGAACAAGCCGCAACGCGAGAGCAUCAGCUCUUGUAAGGUUUCUUUUGUGUGAAAAAAACGCGUUGCAUAUCAUAUCUCGUAAAGGCUCGGACUUUUGUAGGGAUGAACAGCGUCUUUUAAAAUCUAAGGUCAGGGAGGUGGAGCUUGGAUACGAAGAUACGAUCAGACAGCUCAAGCUGGAUCACGCCAAAGAAAUUAGCAUGAUCAGGCAAGAGUAUGACGCGAAGGCUAAGGACUUGGUUCAGAGUAAUGAAAGAAAAGUCGUGCAAGAAAAUCGAGGAGGACUCGGAACUCCGAAAGAAGCAGGAAGUUCAUGAGAUCGAAGAACGAAAAAAUCAGCAUAUUAUUGAGCUCAUGAAGAAGCACGAAAAAGCGUUUGCGGAUAUUAAAUUCUACUACAAUGACAUCACGCAGAACAACUUAGAUCUCAUCAAGACGCUCAAGGAAGACAUUACAGACAUGAAAAAGAAGGAGCAAGCAAACGAGAAAUUCAUGUACGAGAUUGCGCAGGAAAACAAGCAUUCAAUGGAGCCCCUGACGAAGGCCCUGAAAGAACUGGAUGUACUUCGCAAGCACAUUCAAGUCUUGGAAAAGGAUAGGCAAGCGCUCCAACAGCUGAGAGUUCAUUACGCCGACACCCUCGAACAGAUAAAACAUCUUGAAUGGCAGUACCGGAGCCUACAAGAGAAAAUGGACAAGGCAAAGCAAGCAAUACUUCGUCAUGACGAACUUAUACUCCCUCUCCAGGUUCAAGAAGAUAAAGACGAUCUCUACGCCAGGUUCGAGUCUUGCAUUUUCGAUGUCCAACAGAAGUGUGGCCUUAAGAGCAUGCUCUUGGAAAAGAAGCUCCAUGUUGUCCAAGAACAAUUGGAAAAGAAGGAGGCUCAACUUGGUGAAUCACUCGCCGGGAAACUCCAACCCGGUAAAGUGGACUACAAGUUUGACAAGGUGUUAGAAACCAAGAACCAGCAAAUCAAGUCUCUCUAUUACGAGCUUGGAAGAGUUACAAAGGCACACGAUUCUAUCGUCAAGGCUUUCGAGGUUAAACUAGCGGCGUUGGGCGUCCCCUUGCAAGAGAUGGGCUUGCCUUACUAUCUAUCAAAGAUCCAGCUUUGAAACUCAACGGCUAUAAUCUAACCACCUGUUUUACUUAGCU